GUUUAAUAAUAUGUCUCCCCUUCGCGUGCUCGUCACUGGUGCUGCCGGCCAGAUUGGCUAUUCUCUUGUUCUUCAGAUCGCCAAAGGAGAUGUCUUUGGAAAGUCAUCAUUUCUUGAUGUUAUAGGACACUCUCAAAUUGUUCUUGUGCUUCUCGACAUUCCUCCAAUGGCAACAGUACUCGAAGGAGUGCAAUUUGAGUUGCAAGACUGUGCCUUGGCAAAUCUCAAAGGCGUAGAAUGCGUAACCACUGAAAAGGAAGCAUUCACGGAUAUCGACUACGCCUUCCUUGUUGGAGCUAUGCCCCGAAAAGAGGGAAUGGAACGUAAAGACCUCCUCGCUGCCAAUGUGAAAAUCUUUAAGUCCCAAGGCAAGGCACUGGCUGACUAUGCUAAAGCUACCACAAAGGUGCUUGUCGUCGGAAACCCGGCCAACACGAACGCCUUCAUCUGUGCAAAAUAUGCGGCACCAAAGAUUCCUGCGCGCAACUUCUCUGCUAUGACUCGUCUUGACCAUAAUCGCGCUACUGCUCAGCUAGCAAUGAAAGCUGGAGUCGGAAUCGGUGACGUGAAGAACACCAUCCAAAAACGAGGUGCUGUCAUUAUCCAGAAGCGUAAGCUCUCAUCGGCGAUGUCAGCCGCGAAAGCUGCCUGUGACCACAUUCAUGACUGGCACUUCGGUACCAAGCCUGUGCGAGUGGGUCUCGAUGGCUAUUCGUCUGAUGAUCCUACGGAACUCGAAGAAGAGCGGGACGAGGCGUUGAAGGCUUGCGAUGCUGCCAGCAUGUA